AGUUCUGCGCCACUAGAUUAGUACAUCUGUAGCAGUCGGCCGGUUUGCAACUUUCCGCGGUUGCUUUGCGCAAUCUAACGCUUGUCCCUUUUUCUGUAGUGUACCUAACCUAAAACAGCAAUUUAACUAACGAAAAUCCGCUGCCCUUGGUGCUUUGUGUUUGUGCUUUUUUUUCAACAUAUUACAAGCGCAGAAGUUCAGUGUCAAAAGCCAUCCAGAUGACCGACUAAUUGGGUUUAAUUAAUUAAACGAAAUUCUUCCUUUUCUCUUCUUUUUUUCCGUUUCGUUUCUCCCGUAUGACACGGUGUGUGAAUGUAAAAACAAACAAAUCAAAUAAAACCGCAAAAAUUGCCAAACAGUGCGGGACAAGUGGACCGAUGAUACCGAGAGCGGGGUGGAGUAAAGUUAGCUGAGCCGAGCCACUGCGGAACAACUCCGCAAAGCGGAACCGAUCUUCGUACUGGACCGGAUUUUAAACAGCAAAAGUGGUAAACGUGUAAAAAUCAGUCACAACCUGUGCGUGGACGGGUACCAGUGUUAGAGUUAGGCAUAAGGCGCAUCCGUUUGGAAGAAAGGGCCAUUUUAUUGCUAGGAAUAAGCUAGAAAGACAGUCAGCGGAAUAAUAAAUCGAAAAUAAAAGCCAAACAGUGAAACUUUAAAAUGUCCGACCGCCAGCUGUCUCUUCUGGAAGAGAAAAAACCUCUAAAUAGGAUAUUCAUGCGUCCAGGUGUGAUCGAAGAGGAACCAGAUUCGCUGGACAGCGUGAUCGGCAAUCUGCCGCUGACGAUUGUUCCAAGUUUGGCGCGGAUUUCCACCCACGGAAGUGGAUUCAGCCGGCAGGAAAGUGUGCGAAGCCGAGCCUUUCGUCCGGGCACAACCCGCAAGUACCGCAAGCGGGCCAUUCUGAAGAAUGGCGAAUGUAACAUCUCCACGUCCAAGGUAUCGCAGCAGAGGCUGCGCUUCCUGCAGGACAUCUUUACCACCCUGGUGGAUGCCCAGUGGCGCUGGACGUUGCUGGUUUUUGCCUUCAGUUUUAUCGGUUCCUGGUUGUUCUUUGCCGUUAUCUGGUGGUUGAUUGCGUUCACACACGGUGAUUUGGAGGAACUACACCUGCCGGAUAAUCAAGCCGAAAGUGGAUGGAAUCCCUGUGUUUACAACAUUCGAUCCUUCACGUCAUGCUUCCUGUUUUCGAUCGAAACUCAGCACACCAUCGGUUAUGGUGUCCGAACGACGACGGAGGAAUGUCCGGAGGCGAUUUUCAUCAUGUGCUUCCAAUCGAUCUACGGCGUGAUGAUUCAGGCGUUUAUGGUGGGAAUCGUUUUCGCCAAAAUGACCCGUCCGAAGCACCGAACGCAGACGCUGCUGUUCUCAAAAAAUGCAGUUAUCUGCCAGCGGGAUGGCGAGUUGUGCUUCAUGUUCCGAGUUGGUGAUAUGCGCAAAAGUCACAUCAUCGGUGCGAAUGUUCGGGCCCAGUUGAUACGUACGAAGACCACCAAAGAGGGUGAAAUUUUGCAUCAAUAUCAGUCCGAGCUGGAGGUUGGCGUGGAUGGCUGCGCUUCGGAUAUGUUCUUCAUCUGGCCGCAGAUCGUCGUGCAUAGGAUGAACUCGGAUUCGCCGUUGUACAAUAUGUCGGCUACUGAUUUGCUGCAGGAUCGCUUCGAGGUGGUGGUAAUUCUGGAGGGUAGUGUCGAAUCCACAGGACAGACCACGCAGGCCCGCUCCAGUUACGUGAACUCGGAGAUUCUCUGGGGACACCGCUUCGAACCAGUGGUUUUCUACAACAAGGAAAACCAGGGUUAUGAAAUUAACUACAGUAAGUUUGAGGAGACCCAGCAAGUAGACACGCCGCUGUGCUCCGCUCGCGAGUUGGCUGAGUUCUAUAAAAUUCAGGACGACUACAGGAGCAAUGAUAAUCUCGACAACAUCUCUUCCAAGACACUGCUGGAAAAGCGCUGGCAGCACAAGUACCGCUCGCUGAUGGACACCCUAAGCCAAUCGGUGAACCUGGAGGACGAAACCGGAUCGCUGCGAAUCAGCCGUCAUCCGUCGAAUCGAUCCUACCUAACGAUCCAAAACAUUCCCCGACGGCAGCGAUCCUACAUGCAGCUGGAGAAUAAUUUACGCAAUCUAUUCGACGCUGGCGCACCAGCGCAACCUGGUGUCGCUGCUUCUAUUCCUCUACCUGCCGACGCGAGAAGGCACUCGGAUGAACAACCCUGCUCAACACCGCCACCCGCAAUUUCCGAAACGGUGUACACAUUUGGUGAGAACCGUAUGCGGGCGGAUUCCGCGAAUUAAUCCGGCAUGCAGUUACUUUGCUACGGGAGACAAAAAGAUCUACGCUUUAAUUCUAGUAUUUCGAUAACUAUGCGUGUGAAUGCACUCUAAGUUAUGUGUCAACAUAUUGCUAUAGUGUUGGUACAAAUAUGUGAGAAUAGUUUUUAAGAUUCGAAAAUUAAAUAGUGAUAUUUUAAGCUGAACGAAUGCUAGCAAAUUGA